AUCCAGGCAUUAGGGUUUUGAUCGUUUGUUUCUUAUAAAGGGGAUCGCUAACGCCUCUUCUCUUUCGUUGGAGGAAGCACAUCUUGAACAUCCCUAGGGCAGAAACAUGGUGAAGUACUCCAGAGAGCCUGAAAAUUCCACCAAGUCCUGCAAGGCCAGAGGCUCUGACCUCAGAGUGCACUUCAAGAAUACAAGAGAGACAGCCCAUGCCUUGAGGAAGUUACCUUUGGCAAAGGCCAAGAGGUAUUUGGAAGAUGUUAUGGCUCACAAACAAGCUAUACCUUUCCGACGUUUCUGUCGUGGUGUGGGACGUACUGCUCAGGCGAAGAACAGACACUCAAAUGGGCAAGGAAGGUGGCCUGUUAAAUCCGCCAAGUUCAUACUAGACUUGCUCAAGAAUGCUGAGAGUAAUGCUGAGGUCAAAGGCUUGGAUGUCGAUGCCCUCUUCGUUUCUCACAUCCAAGUGAAUCAGGCACAGAAGCAGAGGCGCCGAACCUACAGGGCUCAUGGAAGAAUUAAUCCUUACAUGUCUAGCCCUUGCCACAUUGAGUUGAUUUUGUCCGAGAAGGAAGAACCGGUCAAGAAGGAGCCUGAGACACAGCUGGCUACCAGCAAGUCUAAGAAGUCCCAAGCCAUAUGAACCGGGCUCUUGAACAAUUUUCCGAUGUUCAUCUUUUUCUUUUUUUUUUUUUUAAAUUUGAGAGAUUUUGGUGGCUCUUCAUAAAUGAGCAGGUUACUUGGUUGAAUUGGACAGCUUGUUCGUCUGUUUUAAUUUCUAGUUAAUUGUUCUGAGAUAUUUCUCUUUUCGUCAUACUAAUAGUUUUCCGUAUUGGGUUAGCUACCUCCAUUUUGUUUUGUUGUUCAAGAAAACGCAAUGAGUAUAAUAUAAUUUAUUUUUACAA